AUGUCCAAGUUCAAGACAAUUUCAACGCAGGUGGCAGCGCAAAGCAGCGCGACUCUACGGCAUCUUCGCUCUCCUCAAAUGAACACAAACGUAAUUGGAAUACAAGAGGUCAAUUACGCAAGCCUCAUGUCUAAUCUCAAGGUCCUCGAAUAUCUUUCUCGCUCUCGACAUACGACGGGCCAUUGGUGGAUGCUUGUGACAGUGGCACCCGCAGCAUAG